AUGAGUGGCCGACUCUGGAUUCAUGCUGCUAGUAAGGUCCCAGAUUCAGACACAAUCAAAGCAAUGGAGAAUUUCUACAGGGAGAUCUAUGCUGUGAAUGGGAUAACAGACCUCAAGUUUCCAGAACAUUACCCAGUUUCAAGACUUUUUUCUGUAUGGCAUGCUACAAUAAAUCCAACAAACUCUAUUCUUGCCACAGGUUGUGUUGAAGUAGUUGGUUGUGUUAAAUGUGAAGAGCUGGCGUGCUGGAAGGAGAUAUAUGAGACAGCAGUUAGGGGUCUUCGUCCUGUUCAAGCUCCGUUACCUGUCAAGUUUCUGCUUCCAGAACCACAAGAUCCUCUCUCUUUGAAACCAGGAUCACUUGUUUCUUGCUUUGAUGGCUUUAAAGCUGCUGAAGACAAGAAACUAUAA